UUCUCUUCAGCCCAGUUUAACCCCCAUCUCCUUGAAGCCCAGCUGGAUGCUGCUUUGUCGUGAGGAGAUGAUUGCAGCUCUGAACUGAACCCCGAUGGAUGCAGGCUCCCUGUGUUCCUGGUGUGCCCCCUGAAGGGAUGGAGAGCUCCUCAGUGGCAUCGGCCUCCUCGGAGGCGGGGAGCAGCCGCUCCCAGGAGAUCGAGGAGCUGGAGCGCUUCAUCGACAGCUACGUCCUGGAGUACCAGGUGCAGGGGCUGCUCACCGACAAGACCGAGGGCGACGGCGAGAGCGAGAAAACGCAGUCCCACGUCUCACAGUGGACGGCGGAUUGUAGCGAGCAGCUUGAUGGCAGCUGUUCCCCAUCCCGAGGGAAGGGCUCGUCGUCCCACGAACAUAACCAGGAAGAGUGGGAUCACAGCAGCAGUGGGAGCACAGGAUCCCGGCCGGGGUCGAGCUCCAGGCAGGGCUCUGGAUCCAGGUCUGGCAGCCACAGGAGAAGCAGCCAGUUCAGGCAUUCAGCCAAGAAUGGCAACAAGGAGAGCAGCCUUGACAUGCUGGGCACAGACAUUUGGGCUGCCAACACCUUUGACUCCUUCAGUGGUGCAACGUGGGACUUGCAGCCUGAAAAACUAGAUUUCACCCAGUUUCACAGAAAGCUGCGAAACACCUCCAAACACCCAUUGCCUCACAUAGACAGAGAAGGGCUUGGAAAGGGGAAGUACGAGGAUGGUGACAGCAUCAACCUGAACGACAUAGAGAAAGUCCUUCCAGUGUGGCAGGGUUACCAUCCGUUGCCUCAUGAAGCUGAAAUCGCACACACCAAAAAACUGUUCAGAAGGAGGAGAAACGACCGGAGGCGACAGCAGAGGCUUCCCAGCGGGAACAAGUCCCAGCAGCACACGGAUCAUCAGCAGGGUGGCACCAAGCAUAACAGGGACCACCAGAAGCUCUACCAAGGAGGCCAGGCCCCUCACUCCUCGGGCAGGACGGGCCACCACGGCUACAGCCAGAACCGGAGAUGGCACCACAACCAGAAGCACUCGCCCAACGACAAGGAGACGCACAGAAACGCCAAAGAGACUGAGAACCUGAGAAUCGAGGAGAGCCCCGCGUGCACGGCGCACGUCCCCACGGAGGCGCCGCGAGGCCCUGAGGCCGCCGAGAAGCAGCCCCAGCAGCAGGCCGAGCCCGAGACCAAGCGGAAAGACAGCGCCCACGAGCGCCCCGGGGACAGGCCCAAGAUCAACCUGCUCCAGUCUUCGAAGGACAGGCUGAGGAGGAGGCUAAAAGAAAAGACGCCUUGUCUUUCCCUUUUCACGGACCAGGACGAAGUAACGGUGGAAACCACCGACCCUGAAAAGAAUAAAAUGGACAAAUUAAUUGAAAUUCUCAACAGCAUGCGGAACAACAGCAGUGACGUUGACUCCAAGCUCACCACCUUCAUGGAGGAGGCCCAGAACUCCACCAACUCUGAGGAGAUGCUGGGGGAGAUAGUCAAGACCAUCUACCAGAAAGCGGUGACAGACCGCAGCUUUGCUUCCACAGCAGCCAAGCUCUGUGACAAAAUGGCCCUUUUCAUGGUGGAGGGAACCAAAUUCCGGAGUCUGCUCCUCAACAUGCUGCAGAAGGAUUUCUCCAUGCGGGAGGAGCUGCAGCAGCGGGACGUGGAGCGCUGGCUGGGGUUCAUCACCUUCCUCUGCGAGGUCUUUGGCACCAUGAGGAGCAGCACCGGGGAGCCCUUCCGAGUCCUCGUCUGCCCCAUCUACACCUGCCUCAGGGAGUUGUUGCAAUCUCAGGAUGUGAAGGAGGAUGCUGUGCUUUGCUGCUCCAUGGAGCUGCAGAGCACCGGCCGGCUGCUGGAGGAGCAGCUGCCCGAGAUGAUGACGGAGCUGCUGGCGAUAGCGCGCGACAAGAUGCUGUGUCCCUCCGAGUCCAUGCUGACCAGGUCCCUGCUGCUGGAGGUCAUCGAGCUGCACGCCAACAACUGGAACCCCCUGACGCCCACCAUCACGCAGUACUACAACAAGACCAUCCAAAAACUGACGGCUUGAGGGGCAGGGCAAGGUGGGGUGGUAAGGGACGAGAAGAAGAAGAAGAAGAAGAAGAAGAAGAAGAAGACAUGCGCCUUGACAGGACCCGGCAAGAGCUUUUCUGAUUUAAAUCCCCCAGCAGACCAAACCCCAGCAUGCUCGAGAAUACGUUCGUGGGGUGGGGAGGGAGCAGCAUGUUUCUUUUUCAGCCGCCUCGCCAAGUGCCACCCCUCCUCCCUGCCGUGGUUUUGUUUUAGGGGUUUCUUUUUCUGAACUCAUUGCUCAAGCAGCAGCAGUGCAUCCCGCCGGGUUAUUGUUUGGCUUUCGAAAGAAGACAGAGAAUUUGGAAAAGGAGGGGAAAAAAAAAAUAAUCUAAGUGGGGGCUAGUAUUGUUUUCACGCCGUCCUCCUGCCUUGCCCUGGCCAACUGGCAGGAGACAGCACGCAGCAGAUGUCUCGAGAGGACAAAGCCAGGCACACACUACACCAGACGCUCAUAAUUGAUGGCUUUUGUCAAGCGAGGCUUGCGUUAGGUCCCCCCCUCCUUCUCUUGUUUUCGACUUUCUGUGUGUUCCCCCCACCUACCCGCCACCCCUUCAGAGGCAGAUUGGAGAGCGGGACGACUUUCUUACUUGCACUGGGUUUCCUUUUCCUCGAGCGUUGGUAAUUUCCUCUUAUCUUAUUGUAUCGUUGGACGGACAGUUGUGAGCAGCUCGGGGACGGGGAGAGCAGCGCCUUCCCUCGAGCUGGGAAACGGUUUAUGUGAAGAUGCUGAAGCAGAAGGAGUGUUUUAAAGGAGUCCUAAAGCCACUGCAGAAGUUACAUAGCCACCGUCAUCUUGCCAGUAACCUCCUCGGUGGAUUGAGAAACGUGUCCUUUGAGCUGGGGGCUCUAAAAACAGGGGAUUCUGUGGCUCUUGCUGUUCAAGUCGCCGUUAUUCCUCAGCCACUAUAAUCAUUUAACUUUUUUGUAAUAAUUUUUUUUUUCCAUUGAAGGAGUGCUUUAUUGUUAUUACUGUCAUGGUUGUAAUUAUACAUUUAAAUCCAGGCCUGUUAUAGUUGGGCCUAAUAAUGUACAGGGCAAGGGAGAAAUGAAGGUUUGAUGUUUUUUGGAGGCUGGUAAAGAAAAGACAAGCAGCGUAUAGCGAAAAAACAAAAAAAGGAAAAAAUAAGAGGGAAAAAUAGAAAAAGCCAAAAAUAGAAGUUUGAGCCUGGCUUCUAACUAGCUGAAUAUGGUAUCCAGCGUUCCUAGGUGUGUGCAGUGUGCUGGAGCAGCUCUGUCCCAUGCUCGGUGUGAGUGGCACAGUGCCAUCGAGCGAUGGGGGACAUAUCCAGAGAGGCAGGGUGUGCUCGGGGAUCCCCAGGGGGCUCCAGGAUCCCCUCAUGGCUCCUUGCUGGAGCAUCCCAAGGGAGGGGACAGCUGUGGGGGAUGGUGGGGAGGUGACACCCAGAGGGUGAGAGGCUGGUCUGCGGCAAUGCCUGAAUCAUGAAGAAGACACGGUGGGCUCCUAUUUGCUGAUCUAGCAACACUUUGACUUAGGAAAUCCCUCCAGGUGGUUUUUCUAAUGAAACCUAGCAAGGAUGCAGGCUGUCCCAUCCUGCCUGCAGGAGCCAGGGAAGGCAUGAUGCCAUCAGCUCAUCCUGGCUUCUUCUCACUGUUCAAUUUAUUCCUUUUAUGAUAAGAGAAUUUAUGCCACAACAAUGGCACACAUGGACCCUGGACCGGGCAGGCUGGGCCUCAGCUCAGCAGCUCAAACCCGUUUUUCCAAGCAAAACGUUGCAUUUCUGGUGGCUUGUAAAGAAGAGAGAUUUCACCCCGACCUCCUUGGAUGUGCAGUAUGUUUUUGGGUGCCUUAUGAAUGUGUUGGUCUGUCUGCGAUGGGGAGGAAGCUUUUGCUGCAAAAUUUAAAGGGCAGAAAUUUUCAGCAGAAAAUGCAUUGCAGGGGGGUGAGCGUUGUGAUGCUGCAGUUCAACAGUACCUGAAUUUUCAUCUGGUUGUCUGCUGAUCCAGUUUUCAUGCUGCACCUGGAGCAAGAGGAGCUGGAAAGAGGAGCUUCAGUUUUCCUGCCUGCCUAGAAAGCAGUGAAAUGAUUGCUGAGUUCACUAGAACUGCCUGGAAGAACUAACUUUUGCUUCACUUAUUCGAGCCCAGGAGCUUCGCACAGUGAGGGCGCCUUGCGUUGGGUCAGCUUCAUUAGUAGCAACAUGGUUUGAUAGUGUUAAUGAGCAGAUGAACUUCAUUAGGACGGCAAAGCCCAUCAGUAUUACAAGGCUCAGGGCUGUGCCCAUCGCUCUUUGUUUUUUCUGCUCCCUGAACUCUCAAGGAGUGGAGGAGAAGGGGAUAUAACACCCAUCACAGUGCACUCAGGCAGAGUGUCAGUCUUCUGGGAGAAGGCCUGAAAAAUAGUUUUGUCUUGUUGUGUGGUCUUUUUUUUUUUCUUUUUUUUUUUUUAAGAACAGCAAAGUCCUAUAGCAGGGACAGAAACCUGGUGGUUUGGGGUGCCAGGGAUCCUGCCAACAGUGAUCCAGACUGCCACUCUGGGCCCUGCCGCUUCUCACUUCCCACAGAAUUUUUUCUUGGGAUGUAGUGAAAGAAGAAAAAAGAAAAUAAAAACACAGAUAAUUGGGGAUUUUUUUUCUAAAAACUUGAAUUUUUCACCCAUCAGUGCAUCAGGAGGCAUUCAGAGUCAAAGUGUAAGCCACAGGGCAGUAUUUCUCCUAAAGCAUUUCCCUACCCCUGCCUGCUGUGAGAGCUUAUUCAAUUUUCUCAUUGUGGGGCAAUCCCAAAUCCCCCACUAACCAGGCUUGGCCCAUGACUUUCCCUUCCUACACUGGAAAUGAAGAACUUUCAUGUGAAAUCCGUCGUUUUGUAAUGUCUUGCCAUAUAUCUCUGCUAUUAGCAUACGUUCAUCCAGCCAUUAACUGCUUUGAUACAUCAGUCACUCUGUUGAUGUACAAGAUUCAAAAUAUUGACCAAAAAUGGGGGUUUCUCCCCAAAAAUUACAUGCUGCCAGUGGUAUCUUUCUGAAGUCCAUCAUCAGGAAGCCGGCAGACACAUGACAUCAUUCACCAGGGUACCGUGUUGGGAAAAGAGGUACCAUGAGGACAUUUGAUGGGCAGGAUGGGGAACAGCGCUGGGGAAAUUUUUGGGGUGAAAGCACCUGGGGAUCCUGGAGUGUUUUCUUCUCUCUCUUUCAUUUUUUUCUUUUUUUUUUUUUUUUUUUAAUCUUUUGGCUUACUUUGCAAACGAUCGCCAAAGAGCGUAAUUCUCCAAAAUGUAUUUUUGGGUGCAAAGCCACCAGUUACAUCUCCCUAAAUCAGCCAGAUUCCAUCUUUGCUGCUCAAUAAAAGUAUUUGUGUGGGGUUUUACUGCAUUGUCCCCAUACAACUACUGUCAGCAAAGGGGGAAAGCAAAGCCCUUGGGCCAAAUGUGUGUGGGGCCAAACCUCAGGGUGGUGUGGAGGCUGGAGCAGCAUCACCUCUGUGCCCAUCUCCCUGGGAUGCAGAACAGGUUUGCUGACACCCUGCCAGGCUCCCCAGGUUAUCAUUCACCUCAAAACUCCUGGUAAAAAAAAUCUUUCCAAACCGAUGAGUUUUGCUACGCAGAAAGUGACUUGCUUGGUUUCCCCAUGAGGGAUUCCACUGCUGUUCAGAGAAGUCUCGUGUAUACGGAGGUGAAACAAAAAUGGGGAGGAAAAAAAAAAGGAAAAAAGGAAAAGUAAGUGAUUUGCUUGGUUCCCCUCUUCCCCUGAAAGAGAUUAAUUAGUAUCUAUUCUUGGCAUGAUUGAUGGCUUUGAAAGAAAACUUGUCAGAAUAACUUAUGAUUUAUUUUCGUGCUUAUUUUUAUAACACCCCUCACUUGGAAAUCUCUCAAAAUCUUAAAUAUGAUUUUUUUUUUUUAAUUUCCCUGCUGGGUAUUUUAUGGCUUUACACUAAUUUUGCUCUUCUUGGUGAUAGCUAUUAAGCAGUCCUGGUGAUAUUUUCAGUAUUUUUUCAGAAGAAAUUAUACUAAGGGUUGCUAAGUCCACUGUCAAUAGCCAAGGGAGCUGCGGUGUCCUACAGAACACAGAGUUAAUGCUAGCAAUUUUUUUUUUAUGUAUUUAUUUGCAUUUGAAAAAGCAACAUUUUUAAUUUAAUCAUAUUUGUUAAACUAAGCGCUUUAAAAAAUUUUUAAAAAUAAAAAAAUAGGAAAAAGGUUUUGGGGAGAGUAAAGACUAGAUAUUCAUACUUAGAGAAAUCACAAACUCAUCAUUUUCAGCAUUUCAGAGACUGUUAAAACAAGGGAGCUCAUAACUCUUUGUGGCAAUUCAGUCUUUGUUUAUAGAACAUCCAGAUCCACUGUAUGCUAUAAAAUGCCUCAUCUGAGUAAUAAAUGUUUAAAGCUUGA